UUACAAAUACUACUUGGUAACAACCCCACUCGAUACCUUUACUCAUUAAAUCACGUACAAUGGCGAUGGGCAGUGACGCAGAAACAGAGAUGGACUAUACUUAUCGUACGGAACUUCUCUCUCCGCCGCCGUCCACCGGCGAUCAGUCGUCGUGGCGCCUGGACAUCGACAAGUUUCGCUUGCCUCAACGUCACUCUGCAGCCCAACCCUUCGGUUUUCGACGCCUUCUUCGAAUGCCAAAAAAACAAGGAAAGGUUGCAGAGUACUAUGAAAAGCAGGAAAAGCUUCUUGAGGGCUUUACUGAGAUGGAAACUAUCAAUGAAACAGGUUGUUUACCAGGAAAUCUAACAGAGGAUGAAAUGAAUCAGCUAGCAAGGAGCGAGAGAAUGGCCAUUCAUGUGUCAAACAUCGCUAACUUGGUGCUUUUUGUGGCAAAAGUUUUUGCUUCUAUUGAAAGCAGAUCUUUGGCGGUUAUUGCUUCAACUUUAGAUUCCCUCUUGGACCUUCUUUCGGGGUUCAUACUGUGGUUUACCUCGAAUGCUAUGAGAAAUCCGAAUCAGUACCACUAUCCAAUUGGCAAGAAGAGAAUGCAGCCGGUGGGUAUUAUUGUUUUCGCUUCAGUAAUGGCAACUCUUGGGUUACAAAUAUUGCUGGAGUCUGCCAGAGAACUUGUCACAAAGUCCCGUCCUGAAACAGAUCCUGAAAAGGAAAAAUGGAUGAUAGCAAUCAUGGUUUCGGUCACAGUGAUUAAGUUUCUGCUUAUGGUGUAUUGUCGGAGGUUCAAAAAUGAGAUAGUCAGAGCCUAUGCUCAAGAUCAUUUCUUUGAUGUAAUCACCAACUCGGUUGGAUUGGUAACUGCUGUCCUUGCCAUCCAAUUCCGCUGGUGGAUUGAUCCCACUGGAGCAAUAAUUAUUGCACUAUAUACAAUAAGCACGUGGGCCAAAACAGUUAUAGAGAAUGUAUGGUCACUAAUUGGAAGAACAGCUCCACCAGAGUUUCUUGCGAAACUGACAUAUCUGAUAUGGAAUCACCACGAAGAGAUCAAACAAAUUGAUACAGUUAGAGCUUACACAUUUGGGUCUCAUUACUUUGUUGAAGUUGACAUUGUGUUGCCAGAGGAUAUGCUACUUAGCCAAGCACAUAAUAUUGGCGAAACCCUUCAAGAAAAGCUUGAGCAACUCCCAGAAGUCGAACGGGCAUUUGUUCACAUAGAUUUCGAGUUUACUCACAGACCAGAACACAAGGCUAAGGUUUAAAUGAUGUUAAUGAGAGUAGUUAUAUAAUGUGGUAGUAAUAAUGUAUGGACCAGCAGACACUGGAAUGCAAGAAUGCUUAGUUCUCAAGAUUUCCUAUUGAUUUUAAUGUAGUUGAUUCAGGUAAGGCUGGUGCAAAAGACUGUUUUUAAA